UUGCCCAGAGGGGGGGGGGGGAUCCGCCCGUUUCUGACUGACUGAUAUCUGUGGCCUGAGCACUGAGCACUGCCAGUGAUGCGUGUGGGUACGCCCUCGGCCUUGGGCUGCUGACCGCUCAGCUUGACUGGUCAGUGGCGUGAUGCAGGGGCCUCAUUUGGCGUCGGGACCGCUCCGGGUCCUGGCGCGGCUCGCGGUGCUCAUGGGGGUGUUGGGAGUGUUGGGGGUCUGGGGCUCGGUCCGUGCCAUGGAUCUGGCAUCGGAUGAUCGUACCUGUGGUGUGGCGGCGGCCGAUGACGGGUGGCGUUGCAGCUCGGGCGAAUGUAUUCCUAGUGAGUGGUUGUGCGAUGGCGAGGCCCAAUGUCCUUACCCCGAUCGCUCGGAUGAAGAGGCCGGAUGCCAGGUUCACGCCCAAUCCACCCCAUGCAAGUCUUGGAACGGCCGACUUUAUGUUCCCUGUCCCGAUCAACCCGGCCGAUGUGUGGAAGACGUCCAAGAUUGUCAAAAUCCGGAGUCCUCCUGUCCUCAUGAUAAUGAAGGACUACUCUGGCGGUGCAUGGAUGGCCGUUGCAUCAAACGGAAGCAUUUGUGCGAUGGCUUGGCUCAGUGUGAGGAUAACACGGACGAAUCCUUGGGGUGCAAGCUUUUCAAUAAUGACACGGAAUGUCCGUCUUGGUCCGGUCAACUCCACGUCCCUUGCCAAACCAGCAAUGAAUCCAGCGCCCUUCUUUGCACUUUGCCCGAAUUUGCCGACAAUAAUUGUCGGCAAUGCGAGAGAGCGAAUCUGUGGCGGUGUAAUAAUGGCCUUUGCAUCGAAAAUGUACUCGUCCAAGAUGGUUACGUUCAUUGCAUGGACGGCUCCGAUGAAAACUUGGGUCCGCUGAAAUGGUGGAUUUUCCUCGUCAUCACGCUCGUAUUCGGUUUGAGUGGAAUGGUGCUAUCGUUCCUUUAUCGAAUUCUCAAAGACAAAAAACACAUCUUCGAUUGCGGGUUUUGUCGGUCCAGUCGAAGUGGCCAAAGUCAAAAUGAAUUUGAAAUGAUGGUCGACUCUGCGUUUACCGAACCACCCGACGAGGGCAUUCUUCCUUUCGACUUGAUCCAGAUCCUGGACAAUCCAAACCAAUGGAGCGACGAUCACACGGUGUUACCUCGUGAAAAAGAGGCCAUCAGGAUUUAUGCCCGCGUUCAUCAGAAUCCCAAGUUGUACAAGAAUCUCUACCGGUUCCUCGUCUACCGGAUUGCUUCGCCCCAGCGAUUGGGUCAAGUCAUGGAACUGCUCCUGAAAUGGGAGCGGGAUUUCCACGACGGCAGUUCUCAUGGUGCCGCCGCCUGUUGGCGACUCCAUUUAGGUGCAUGUGAAAUAUUGAGUGAGGUUUUGGCCGCUACCAAACCCCGAGGUGUGUGUAGUACCUAUUUCGAUUGGUAUCUGCCCGUGAAAAACAAGCUUCGGAAAUGGAGACUCGGUUUAUCCGACGGUCCACGGAAUGUGGUCGAAAAAAUAUACCAGCUCUUCAACACGAUUUACUACAUGAUCAAGCCCUUUUUGGGAGCCACGUUCUUCUAUUUUGAUAUGAUGAAAGACAUUGCCAUUACGUGGAUGUUAAUGAAGACUUUGGUGAAUCUUUCCAGUGACACACCAAUAAGAUCGUUUCCUUUUGAGACGUUUGUGGUGGGUGUGAUGGGCUGCGCCAUUUUUGGGUCUUUUCUCAUGGGUGUGUACAUCUCGUUUUCGUAUUCGGACCACAUUUUUGAAUUGUGUGACCACAAGCACACCGCGCCACGAACUUUAAGCUUUCGAACCAUAUCGAUGAUGGCUUCAAUUUUUAUGCCGGCUUUCAUCUUGGCCAACCAUGUGUUCUAUUUACAACAGGAAUACAAGUUGCAGCGAGAGCUUCAAGACCCCGAGCUCUCGUUUGACUUUCAACCAUACAAAAGUGCGUCCACCUCUAAUCUAAAGAAAUCGGGCAAAACCCCUCACCCGCAUCUCGGCCCAAGUUCCAUUCCGAAAGCGGAUUUCAGUCAAACCCUACGAAUGACGACUCUCUUUCAACAGAUUGAACGCUCCCGGUACAAAUGUCAUCUUCAUCGACGAAUCUACUCGUGCUAUCGCAUUGCCUAUGCAUCGAUACAAACGUUCUCCGUGAUGAUGGGCAUGAUCGUUAUCAUAUUUGUCGAUGCCAAACCCAGUCGGCGGCACAAUAACGUGCUUGGAGCUUUUUCUCAGCGACUCCGCGAUUUCUUUCAAGUCGCUCAAACAGAGAACUCGCUUCUGGUGGACCUUGACAUCGUGCGGAACGUGGUCCUGGGUGGAUCCAUUGGAUAUUCAUUCGUCAUCAUAAUAAGCGCCUUGCUCCGAUAUGUCAACCAAUGUAAGGGCACGUAUCUGAGCCGCACCGGCAAGGUGUUCUUGUUGUUAUACUUUGGAUGUCACCUCACUGCUCGGGUGGCCCUCUUCCUGGGAAUGACCAUAACUGCGCAAAACACGGGCACCUUGUUUCCCGUGACUCUCAUCGCCACGUGCCUUUUCAUAUUCCAUGCCAUUAUCAUUUAUUACUUCAAAUGGAGGUUCGUGAAAUGCUUCAAAGAAUCCCGCUUUGUUGAGCGAAUCGUGCAUGUCCUGGCCAACACGAUAGUGGCCAUUCCGUUCAUGAAGUGGAAUGUGGACGUGGUUAAUGCCAAAACUCCGUCUACUUUCAAUCUCCACCAUCGAAGUCUCAGUUUUCCGUUAACCGUGAAGAGAAGGCCGGUCUCUGAGCCCUCACGUCCCGAUGCAUUCAAUCAAUUUUCAAUUUCCAACUUUUGUCAGAUCAUUACUGCACCUCUUGUAAAAGAAGUAGGCAAUGUUCGCCAAACUCUAAUUGACCUGUGGUGGAACAAUCCUCAACGAGACUUGCAUGUGAAAAACCUCAGACAAGAGCUUCCUCAAACAUUGUCCUCGUUAACCGAUGAGGACCUCAACGAGGAUUUGACUUUCUUGUCCGAGAACGGGUACGUGAAUUUCCCGUUGUACCAUCCGCAUCGAACCAAGUUUGAAUAUUUCUACCUCGUGCUCAUUCAUUUUGUCGUAAAUUGUAUCUCUUUUGGCUUGGAAGUGUUCAAUGGAGGAACACCUACACAAUCGGGGCCUUACUAUUCCUGGGACGUGCGGCUGGCCACGUUCUUUCUCGGAGUCGUAUUCUUAUGUUUAUACUACAGGCAUUACCAUAUUCUCCACGACUUCAAUGUGGGAGGGUGUUGUGAUUGGGAAAACUAUUGGAGCGUCAUCUUUUGUGUCUCAUCCGGGGAGCCAUUGAAAGCGAUUCUGCGGGAGGAAAAAAUGCGUUACUACCUUCAUCCCGAAGAGCUUUCGUCUCCCUCGUCCCAUGAAUCCGAUAUCCAAGAUUGCACGUGUCCAAUUCCGAGCCACAAUGUAAAUCGAAUGGGUCCUUCAGCCGCCACCGUCACCACACAAACGAGUGUAAUCGAAGAACAACCAAAGCUUCAGACAAACCAACAGUAUCCCGAGCAACCCACGGCUCCCCCAACCCCAUGCUGUGAGGAGACAUCACAAAGUGCUGCCAAAAAAUUCAACGGUCCAAGCAGUGUGUAAGAAUUUGCUAUGUUUCGUGCUGGUGCCAUUCAUAAUCUAAUGAGUAAUGUUAUUUCGUACAAAUAAAGUUUAUAGACACAAGAAAGUAUA